CGAGACAGCUUCAGUCGUUGAGGGUAUGUGAAUCGGUGCGGUCUGUUUUCGUCCGUAGCGUCCGUAUCGCUAAGGACGCGGUUCUAGUGUUUCCUGUUGUGUUGUGUCUACACCACCCUUGCGGUUCCAAUAACAACGACGGUACGACGGACCGUGUUGAUGUGUGCGUGUUGUGUGGUGAGAGCAAGUUCCCUGUGGUGAAAAGUACUUCUUGGAUCUCGAAGAAAAAGAACCAACCGACCGACCGAUCGACCGACGUAUUGACCAUUCGCUGAAAGAAGGAAAAUAAUCAUUUACGUAUGCUGCGGAAAUUGUGAGGAUUAUUCUCUCGGUACGUGUAAUCUAUUUGCUCUGUGAGAUGCAUAAUUACAAAUCAUGAUUCAAGUGGAGUGUGGGUAUAACAUAAAUCGAUUAGUUCAGUGCGAGGGAGACGAAAGCUGUGUUACCGAAGAGAUCCUGUGUUUUGAAGGAAAAAUUUGAGAGUCCUUUGUGCAGUGAGUGAAAAUCUGUGACGGUUCUAAUCGAUUUUGAUUGAUAAUCAGGAUAUCGUCAAUCGAGGCAUUGUGGAAAAAGGUGGCAGACAUAGCUAACCUUUUUAUCUUGACCACCCGAAGGCGGAUGAAUUCGAGACACGGUGUGAGAGAGGUGUUCAUUUUGAUACCCUGUUGUAGGCAAUUGCUCCAGAAGUAGGUUUGAGUCGGGAGGAGAGGAAGUUUUUCUUCUGUGCACAAGAUAAAGAUUGAACAUUGUUUGAGUCACCAUUGGUAGGAAGGCCUUCCAUCGUUUGCAAUGGAAGGACCUAGUAAAGACAACUGCUCCACAGCAACGAGAAGCAAAUUCCAAGGCUGCCAUAAUCAUCAUCAGAGGACUAUCAGCACACCUACUGACUGUAUCAUCACCUCAAACAACGGCUGCUGCAAUACUAGCAGCCAGCAGAUUCACAAACGCCAUCAUUCGUCGUCAUCCCCAGCAGAAGACAUGAUCUCAACGAUGCGAAGCUGGCGAAGACCGCGACCCCUCGGUGGGGUCCUCCUCUCAUUCGCCGUUUUAUUGCUCAUCAACGUUUUUAGCAGUAGUAGCAGCGUUUUAGUCCGCGCAGAGAAUAUCCUCAAAAUCCAUACGACUGAAUUCUCCAACAUAAGCGAGAGGCCACACUUUGUUAGCUCAACGUCAUACAAUGCGCGCGGAAUGGCACCCCUGUACAAUCUGACCAAUCAGGUGAUCAAACUGUUCGUCGAUUCCAAUCCAGUUCCGGAGGGUUACCUCUUAGUGAGGGAAGGGGACAUCCAGCUGGGGCCAAACGUUCGGGAGAACAACUGGGGUCCACUGUUGCGUCAAUACUGGGCCGUCCUCCUGGUGACGGUGAUCUGCGUGCUGUUGAUAGUGCUGAUGCCAAUUAUCGGACUGUGUUUAUGCUGCUGCCGGUGCUUCGGUGGGUGCGGUGGUCGUACGCAACCAUUUGAUAAGAAACACGAUACCUGUCGGCGGGUCCUUAUGGGUUUGCUGCUAACGUGUGCCACUUCUUCACUUGUGUUUGGAGUGGUCGUCGCAUAUGCCACCAACAGCUAUAUGCAGCACGGGGUGGAGAACAUUACCGUCUCGGCGCGACACGGUGUAGACGAUACACGUGAAUUUUUGAGAACGACCUCGCGACAAAUUUCUCAGCUCCUUGACACUAACUACCAGGAAUUGAACAGCCAACUCAGGAGGACACUGAACGAUGCCUCGGACAUCAUCAUCCAGCGGUUGGAGGAGGAAUCGAAGGCGGAAAAGCUCAACACCCUGAACGAUUUUGUCGAGCAACUUCCGCUCAUCAAGGAGAACCUUGAUCGGAUGUCCAAUCUCACUCGUGAGCUGCGGGUCAAUGCCUCCCAGCUGAAUGAUGGAUUACGGGGCGUGAAGCGGGAACUUCUGGCUUCGUUGACGAAAUGUGGAACCCAGGAGUGUUUGAAUGUGAUGGAGGAUUACAAAAUAGGACGCCUCGAUACCAACGGAAUCGAUUACAAUGCGAUACAAGAUAGAUACUUCCCACGGCUUCCGGAUUUGAGCGAAAUCACGAACAACGUCCAGGAGCUGGUCUCCGGUAAUAUCGCUCAGGCCGUGCAGAAGGGAGUCCGCGAGUUGGAGAGUCUGAAGCAAACGCUGAAGCGUACGGUGCGGGAGAGUAUUCCCCUGGUGACGGCAGCGGCCGAUUCCACCGGACAGGCCAUCAAGUCCGCCUCCGAUGAGCUGACAUCGAAGCUCAACAGCGUGUCGAAUGUGGUGGGGAACAACAGCUACAGACAUCUGGACACGGCGGACGAUUACAUUGUGCGGUACAGCAUCUAUCGGUACUAUGUUGGGCUGGGAGUAAGCUCGGCGCUUCUGCUGAUACUGAUGUGUCUUGUGUUUGGUUUGCUUUGCGGAAUCUGUGGCAAGAGGCCGGACGGUUAUGGCGACGAUUGCUGCAAUAAGGGGGCCGGUGGACGAUUUUUGAUGUUUGGCGUUGCCAUAAUCUUCCUCACAUUCUCCGUCAUCCUCGCCUUCACACUGGUUUCAUUCCUGGCGGGAAGCAUUGUACGGCGGGGAGUCUGCGAUUCACUCAGGCAUCCUAAGGACAGCCAAGUGAUUCAUUUCGUCGACACAUUCUUCAACAUCAACGAGCACUAUCAACGCAUUCACACCCAAAGCACCCGCUCGAAGGGUAAACUCCAAGGUCCAAACCGCCAAAUGGAUCCAAUCCGGAUUGCGGAAGUGAUAGAGUCGUGUAGUGGCAAUAAUUCAAUCUAUGAGGUUCUGAAAUUGUCCAAUUUCUACGACAUUCAAGAGAUUCGCCAGUUCCCUGAGGAUUACGGCAUCAUUCGGGAACUGAAUGCCCUUAAAGAGAAGAUUCAAAUUGACGAAGUACAGAUUUUGAGCCCUGAGGCUGAACGCGACAUUGAAGAGUUGAAGAAUUCUCGAUUAAACGAUUUCGAGGCGUACAAGUUUGUGGACAAUCUUACCCAGAAUAUUACGCAAAACAACCUCAACGACAUCGCCAAUAGAUUGCGCGAAGUGGCCGAUAAGGUUCCCACGGGGAAAGAAAUGAACGACAUCAAAGUCAAUCUGAAAAAUCAGGCCCUACAUUUGUCAUCGUAUCAGGUUAACCUCGUUGAACCAAUGCUUCGCUACACCACGGAGCUGGUCAACCUCUCCGUAACGCUAGACACCAGUUUGAAGUUCGGAAAGGAUUCGUUCGCGCUUGCGAUUGACGAUUUCCUCACUCACAUUCAGGAAGCUGAGCGGUAUAUCAAUGAAAAUGGUCAACAGUUUGUGGAAGCGGUGACACACGAAUUGACCAAUGGAAUUCUCGAUCAGAUUCAUUCCUAUCUGAACUUGGUGAUCGUGUCGACCAGUAAGGAAAUCGGUCGCUGUGGUCCUUUGGCGAACGUUUACGCCUCAAUGACGGUUGCCACCUGCAACAGAAUUGUGGAUCCAUUCAACGGAUUCUGGGCCGGAGUCGGAUGGUGCUUGCUCAUCUUCCUGCCAAUCAUCGUGCUGUGCGUGAAGCUUUCCUCGCUCUAUCAGAAAUCGGAUCCCUACCCGGGACCGCUAGUCGAAUCAAAACCCACCUUGAUCCAGAGCUCUUGAAUCUAGUUCCAGUUUAGCUUAGCAUUUUUUUUCUGUUCAAUCCUGAUUUUAACACAAUAAAAUAUCGCUUAAACAACUGUAGUGCCCCCUCAUAGUUAUUUUUUAAAUAGUCAAUAAACAGUAUUUCUUGUUUUAUACGUGUAACAUUCUAUCUGAUACACCUUUCAAUGUAACAUGUACAUGUCACGAAAGAACUUUUUGUUACCACCUUUAAUCGUAGCCUGUAGAUAUUUAGGACGGUGCGUAAAAGAAAGUUAAGCGGGAAUCGUGUUGUGUGGCUUCCACUUUGCCGAUUUUUCUGUUUGGUAAGUUUGAACUUAUUCAAGUUAGAGUUGCUUUGUUGGACGACACAAAACUAAUCCAGUAGUGGGCAGUGGUGUAACGCAUACAGAUACGAGCAAUAACAAAUUCCUGUCGCUUAACUUUCUUUUGCACACGUGAUCAAACACAGAUGAUCGAGAAACAUGAAUGGAAACUUUCCUCCCACACGGUAGAUGGUUCGCAUGCACUAGUUUUGGUUUCUAAUCAAUAAAAUCACGUUGGUAGAAAUAGGUAAGUGGUGCUAUUAUGGUGGGAUUGGGACUAUAAACUAUGGUUGGGAUAUGUGGAGGUUUAUUAUCUGUUGGCCUUAUCUGAAGUUAGAUGUUCUACAUGGUAUUGGUGACUAACAUUUCCAUCGGCAUUACCGUGCUGCGCGAUAGCGUAUAUUUUUAGAAUUUCCUAUAUCCCAACUCCAAUCCUCUUUUUGGUGAUACAUUUCAUAAAUAUCAUUCUGUAAGGAAUCGUAUAUUUAGAACGUAGUGAAUAAUGUUGGUAAUGUUAUGCUUUUCAAAGUUUGCUUUCUUCAUUUUUGGGCUGUAAUUCUGACGCCCAUUAUUAAUAAACGGUAAUUUUUUAUAUGUUUCUUAAAAUACUUAAAAUACAGAAAAAGUGUUAAAUUUACGAAAAAAGGGACUAUAAAAGUGAAAACAAAAUAAUAUUCAUUACUGGGGGUUGAGAAUCAAUCUCAGCCAUUAAGUUUUUAAAAGAUUAUUUCAUGUAAAUGUUGGUCACGUUUAGGUUUUAAGUGAUCCAUACAUGAAGUUCAUUUUUGAGUUACUUUUUCGUGUAUAUCGACAUAUAUCCCACGGAUAACAGGUGUGAUGUUGUAUUCAUCUGCCUGCAUCGAUGCUGGUUUAUCGGCAUAAACAAGAGGUUUGACAUACCCUUACCAGAAAAAGAUCAACGGCGUCGAAUCGCAGUUGAUCUGGUGUUGGCACGAAAGGUUUGCGAUGAAUACGACGGAAAGGUAUGACAAUAAUUUUGCUUAUCUCAAAUCAAUAGAAAAUAAGUUCAACAUUCUUGAUUUUGCCGCAUCCGUUAGCAACCGUUGAGCGAUUGUUUCUGUGUAUAAUUUGAACAAAUUAAAAUUAAAACUAGGUAUAAUGUAGAAAAAUGAAGCCUUUGCUUUGCUUUUGGAUUAGUUAGAAUGGCACUAAAUGUAAAACGGAUGUAUAAUGUUAAAAUGUAUAAUCACAAAUAGGAAAAUCACGCAGUCACUGUAUUUCGUAAUAUCUUUUGCUAAUAUAAACAAAAUUGGAAGACACACUCCAUGUUGAAGACUGCUUCUAUGACUUGAUUAAAGCUAUCAAAACUUACUCCAAAACGCUCUACGAGACUGUGGUUGCCUGUUUUAAUAGAGACGAAAUACCAUAUAAGCAGAAUCUUGCAGGAUAUUCUGCCGACGGAGCUUAUAACAUGACCAGUCCCGAGAAAUCAUUAGGAGAGUAUCUGAGAAAAGACUGCCCAGACAUGUUCACACUAAUAUGUGUUUGCCAUAGUAAGGUCCUGUGUGCAUCAUAUGCAUGUAAACACAUGCCUGAGCGUUUUGGAGUAAGUAAAAGAAUCGAGCAACUGUGUAAGGACAUCUAUCCCUAUCUAAGCUGUAGUCUUCUAGGAAAAAAGUCGAUGAUGAAUUUAGGGAGAUCCGAAACCUGGAUUUUACUGACUUCACUGUAAACGAAUGCAAGGAUGCUUCUUUUUUUGGGGUAGAAUGUUGUCACUCGAUAAAAAUGACAAUAAUUUAGCUUUUCCUAAAUUGAAAAAAAUAUAGAAGGUUGUGUUCAAGACACGACCGCAUUGUUGACGUAGAACUAAGCUGUAGUUUAACUCGAGUCGCUUGUUUAUAACUACGGAUAUUAUUUUAUAAUGCAACGAAAAUUUUGAAAUAACCAUUCUACCAGUUUGGUCGCCCGGAAUUUUUUUUUUUAGAAUCAUUUGACGAUAAUUGUUUAAUGAUUCAUUCUUGUGCUCGCAGAACAAUACUUGCUCGAGAUAAGCGCAGCUGUCAUCCUUUGUGAAGAGAGUUUUCCUACCGUCAUGCAAAACCAUAUCACUGACAAAAUUCCAGAGCAUUUAUUUUCUUGGUGAGUUGACGAUAGCCUAGCUUGAGGAUUCCCCACACAAUUGUGUAGCUCAGAACCUUAAUGCAAUGGCGUCAGUUUGAUGCAAUAAUUGCAAUGCCAGAGACAUCAGCGAGUGAGUAAUUUGGUCGCGUCCACAGUUUAAUCCGGAACGAAGACAUGUGAUGACACAAAACAAGGAUGAACAAACGAUAUUCAUUGCUUCAAAUACAGAACUCUACUGAAAGUUUGCCUUCCUUCCUUGCUUGAGACUUUAAACUUCUUUAGUUCAUUCGUCUCUAACCUUCAAAAAGGUCAUUGGAAAGCUUGACUUUAUCCAUUAUAUUACUCCUCCACCCUGUAGCAUCUACUAAGAAACUCUGUGUCUGACUGACUGUCAAUUCAUUCUGUUUAUUUCCAUGUCUCUGCUUAAAUACUAGUUUACACUUAUUUUCUUAACUCUACACAAAACGUAACGUAAUUUACUGGGCGGAGCAUCGCACAGGGAAAUGGUCCAAGUAGAAAGUGAAAGAGAUAGAACGAGGACGGAGAAAUGUUCUUGUGCUUACAAUUGGGUUUCCGCCUUGCACGCACAAGCAUGUCUCAAGUGGGUCAUUGAAAUAAAACACUGACGCUUGCGUCGUGCGACGAAUUGUACACACGGUUCAAGUAUCAUGUUUACUUCUUUGGUGGGAAUGUUGUUUCUGCGGUCAUAAAUUGUUUGGUGGGUGAUAAACAAUUUAUGACCUGUGGUUAAAGAUGGUUUGGGAUCUCGGAUAAUUGAAUUUCACCAAGUGUGAAAUGAGAUGAAACAUUUGUAAUUAAAGUAUUGGGUGAGAUCUGUGGGAAAGUUCAAUUUUGGAAGGCGUAGUGCCACAACCCCCAUUGCCUUGAGAAAGGCAUUCGAUCCCUCGCCGUCCAGCUCGCCCAGCAACGAUGUUGUUCAGUCGAUUUCCUCACGAAGAAUGAAAGUUUGCCUCAGCGAGAUCCACUGUUUAUACUCUAGGCAAAUAUUCCCCUUCGUUCUUCUUUUCAUUUGUUCACUUUACAUCUUACGAUUUCCCCUUCGUUGCUCCUCGAUAAGUUGCUCUUUAUUGACAACUCUGUUCGGGGAAGCACACAAAUGGACAGACCAAAUGUAUGAGGAAAUGGGAAUGCUUCCAACUUUCAUCAAUUUAAACCAUAUACAGACUGUGGGAUUGUAAUGUAUAGCAUAUCAAACAAAUCUCAGGGAAUUUCCGAUUCGUUUGGUAUAUAAAUCGCUAGAAUCUGUUCGCGUCAAUCACGUCAAUAUUAACUAUUUUUGUUAUUAAGUUAUUAACUUUAUUUCAUAAAAACGGGACCUGUUUUCUGAUUUGGCACCCUAUAUGAAAGAAGUAGUUCUACGUCAAAAAAUGUUUCAACAUUUCGGAUUCUGCCGCAUUACUCAGCAACCGUUGAACGAUUGUUUUCAGAACACAAUUUGAACAAAACAAAACUAAGAAAUAGAACAGGAACAAAAACAGUGCGAGGGAUUCUAGACUCCAAAGCUUAUGUAGACAUACAUAAAGAACAGUUUAGAAUGUCACAAAAUGUAAAACAAAAGUAUAAUGUGUUAAGUAUAAUGUCAUGAUGAAGAACGAAAUUCAUAAUGAAAAGAAUAAAAAAAAAUUCCUUUUUUUCUAUUUUUUCCAGUUUUUUUUAAAAUUUGGUUGGUAUCUCUGCUUACGACCAAAAAUGAUGCUUACUAUUGCACUUCCUUUUCUUUAUUUGUUUUCAUGUGCCCUCGAUUCCUCGAAACAUAUCAACGAUUGUCACGUAGAAAUCCCGGUUCAUGUGACAAUCAUCACGUAGACUGAGGGCGGAAAAACGAUGAGAGUUCAUUCGAAAGAGAUUUCUCACGGCAUAUGCCAGGUGGUAUCGCGUGACAUACGUGCCAAUUGUCAUCUCACCUCGCACACCACGCAGAAUCAGGCCAAUUGUUUUUAAAAGUUAGCAUUUUUUCGGACUUUGUUCAAUAUUCAUGUGCGACUAGAUUAGAUCUAUGCAACAGGAAUCCAACAAGACUUCAAUUUGAUAUGUCGAUCGAUCCAGUAGUUCAAAAGUUAUGAAUUUUCUAAAAAAAAGGCAUUUUUGGAAAGAAAAGGGAAAAAAAUGAAUGUAAUGGAAAUAAAAAAUAAAAAUAGUAGUGUAGUAUUUUGCGAUAAAGAACAAAACAAAAGAUCACUUUUCACGAAAAUCUAAGAACCACUAGGGUUAGUGUACCAAUUAUGGAGGACAUAUGUCACCAACUUGCAGAAAUUGGCGAAUAAAUACUCUAUUUUAGUUCAAAAGUGUACAAAAGUAUACUUUUUCUAGCAGUUUGAACUCUGUUUUUGAAGAUUCUCACUGAUAUUUGGACGAUUAAUUGACUAAAUUGUAUAAAAACAUGUUUGAAAAUGCCACUUCCAUUUACCCAUUAUGGUAAUGGAGUGUACCUAUUAUGGUAAUAGUCGGUGCCACAUGGAAAAAGUGUUAAUAGGAUUUAAAUAAUACUUCAAAAAUUAUUUUUACAUACAACUAUGCCUCUUAUUCCUAGUAUACAAUACUAUGUCGUUGAUUCUACACUCGACAAAAGUUAUAGGAACGGAGCGCGAAGUCGAAAUUUUAAAUUUAUCUUAGAAACGCUGUAACUUUGUGAAAACUCAACGCAUGAAGAUGGGAUAUACGUCAUUUUAAAACUUCAUUCAAAACUUCAAGUUUUGAGAUGGAAUACUUGAAUGCUUCUAUCUUUUUAUGUGUAGGUGUAGUGGAUAACAGUGGAUAACAAAAACCGAUUUUUUCUGGUUUUUUAAAGAUUCUGUAGAUAAACACAGUGUUUUAUUAAUCAAGUCAAUAGUAAAUCCAAUUAACCUUAUCAAUCAGCAUUCAUUUCAUUCCAAGAACGCUCCUGUAGGUUAUUUUAUUACAGGGAAAAGUGUUGAUAGAAUGAAAAAUUCCCCUUUUUUUAAUGAAUACUUUUCCAAUAAUGCUAUUAUUCAGAAGGCAGGCAAAUUCCAAUAAAUUAUGUACAAGACUCAUUAUUUAUUACUCAUGAUUCGACAAUUUUUGCCUAAUUUUUGCUUUUACUUUGAUCGAUUCUUUCAAUUGACUUUCUCUUACGAUAACCAUGGACUAUCAGACAGAUUUUGUGCCACAUAAUUUCGAUAUGCAAAUAACAUCAACCAAUUAUUUGUAUUCAAAAUUUCAAAAAUUAAGAAUUUCCGGGAUGAUAAUCUAAGAGAGGGUACACUUAAUUACAAAUUAAAAAAGAAUUAACAAGCGUUACAAGUUCUGGUUAUGCUUUAUCUUCUGUAAAUGAGAAAUUAUUGUUUUUUACCCGGUAUCCGGCCGGAUACCAAAAGUUGUACCAAUUAUGGUAAUACAAAAAUAAAUGUUUAUUUCGAUAAAAUCGUAUAAAUUGGUCGAAUCACAACAUCAUGAAGGUUAUAAUGUAUGCGACUACACCGUGUUUAAAACUAAACAGCCACUUCACAGCAUAAACAUCUCAUUAUGGAACACACUAUUUUCAAACUAAUUUUUUCAACAAAAAAAAACAAUGUUUCGCAUUCAAUCUAGUACCAAAAUCAACGAAGAAGAGAUUUCUGAUGUUUUAAAAGCAUAUUAGAGCCUUUAAAAAUAAGAUAUGUUUUCUAAACUAAUAAAAAACUCACUCGUAUUACCAUAAUAGGUACGAUUGCGAUGAUAGGUACUUCUACCCUAUAUCGGUUCGGUAUGGAAUGGCUGAAUUUUCAUUCAUAAUUUUUAUUUUAAAAGUCUGUUUAUUCCAUCUGAUAAAAAUCCCGUAUCGUUUUCGCUUCAUGAAUCGGAACUCGGAUUUCAAUGGCGUCAACACGAAUGGUUUGUAGUCAAAAUGCUACAGUCGCCAAUUCCUGCUUUUGGUACGCUUUUUUUCUUGGAAGCAUCUAGUAUUGGACAUUUCUUCUUUCUUUCUUUGUUUUUAAGAGGCUUUAAACUUUGCAGUUCAUUCGCCUCUUAAAUUGGACAUUUAAUAAGAGAUAACCAUAAUUUUACCUAUUGAUUACAAUCUGGGGAUUGUUUGGUUUAUGGUUUUGGUAUGAAUAAGUUAACGAAUUAUUUAUAUAUUUU